UUUUUUGUCGCCCCUCUCACUUCCUCUUUUCCUCUCCUCUCUUCUUGCCAAUAAGCACCUCCACUCCUCUUGUAUGGAUUGAGGGAGGUGUGACUGUGGGUCAUGUCCGUCAACUCUCCCCCCGCUCAGCCCUCCUCUUCGCCGCUCGGUCGGAAUCGCAGCUCUCUCUUGUCGAAGUUUCGUUCGACUCUCGGUCAGCGGAGCCGCAGCCUCACUGAUUUCUACAUCGAACCCGAGGAUCCCUGGCGCUCAUAUUUCCCAGGGGAUGUGAUCAAGGGGAACGUUGUCCUUACCGUGUCGCGUCCCGUUCGCAUUACACAUCUGGUGGUUUGUUUACAUGGCUUUGUCAAGGUGUUCAAAAAUACGGUCCCAUCGGGGGAAACAGCUCCUGAUGUGGGAUUUCUCGGCCCGGGGCGCGGGCGCCGAGGGGCGGAAUAUUUGGGGAAUGGGCUGGCCACGCUGUUCGAGGACGAGGUGGUCCUCUGUGGAGAGGGUCGGCUUAAGGAGGGCAUCUAUAAAUUCCGCUUCGAGAUGUCCUUCCCCCCAUAUGCCCUCCCCAGUAGUAUUAGUUUCGAACGAGGCACUAUUACAUACAUGCUUACGUCCACCCUAACAAAACCCACCACCAUCAACCCAACCGUAUCGUGUCGCCGACGCGUGAACCUGCUGGAAAACAUUGAUAUUGCUCCCUUUCCUGCCCCGAAAGCCCGUGUCGUGACCCUAGAGCCCGUGUCGAAGCGCACGCGGUCCAAGGCAAAGGCAAAGUCGACAGGAUCGGACGUCGCGGCAGAGUCAACGUCGGUCGAUGCCUCCGUCAAUAGUGCGGCCGGUUCGGACCAUCGGCCCCCAUUAAGUCCCGCCCCCAGCAACGUCAGCUCGUCCAGUCGGCUCAGCAACAGUAGCCAAAGCUUCCAGAUCGCCAGUGACCCGAGUUCCUCCACAGGGGCCGGGCUGCGAAAUAGUGAGGCGCGAAGUAUUACCCCGUCCCUAGGGGACAAGAUCAUUACAGCCAAGACGGAAGUUCUGCGCGCGGGUGUGCUACCGGGUGAUACGCUGCCCAUCAAAAUCUCCAUCAAUCAUUGCAAACAGGUGCGCAGUGCGCAUGGGAUCAUUAUCACACUCUACCGCCAAGGGCGCAUCGAUCUUCAUCCAUCCAUUCCGAUUGGGGUGUCCGCCGAUGGUAAAAAGCCCGUCUAUGAGGACAUCUAUCCGCGGUCUCGAACGGGGUUGGGAGGUCUGACAAUCGGCACCAGCCGGACCAGCAGCGUGUUUCGGAAGGACUUGGCGCAGGCGUUCGCGCCGCUGGUAGUUGAUCCCACCACUUUGACAGCGAUCGUGAAGACCUCUAUCCGGAUUCCUGAAGACGCCUUCCCCACUAUCACGCGGACACCCGGAAGUAUGAUCAAUUUUCGCUACUAUGUGGAGGUCGUCGUCGAUCUGCGCGGCAAGCUCACUUCGCCCGAGCGGUUUCUGCCGCGGUUCAACCUAGUGACCUCUGGCAGCAAUUAUUCGCCCAGUGGGAAGGUUCUUAAUGCAUCCGAUGGCAGCAACAACGCCAUUACCGCGAAUUGGGCCGGCAAUAUCCUGGAUACCGACCAAAUCCGCCGCGAGAAGGGGGUCGUCGCCGUGGCCUUUGAGGUAGUGAUCGGCACACGUGAUUCGCAUCGGCGGAAGGGCGAAGUGCGGCGCGCGUCCUCGGCAGCCGCGAGCUCGGACCUGCAGUCGUCCACCAGCCAUGCCCCCGUGAAUGGGGAACAUUGGCCGGUCGAUCAGCACUCCGUGCCCAAUGGAGAGUUCGAUUAUCCGUCGCCGGAAGACUAUGGGCCCCAGGAGCCGUUCUGGCCAGAGUAUGGCGACGAGUCUCACCCGCAUUACCAGUCGCUCGGCGAAGUGGUAUCCACUCCUCAAUCGGAAGAACCAACAGACGAGAAGACGCGCAUGCGCCAGGCCGAGCAGAUGCUCUUACCCAGCCAACCGCCGAAUGAGGCCGAAGCAGGGCCAUCGACCGAUGUCCCCACGGCUCCAGUGCUCCCCGAUGACGAUCGUAUCAACGGCUACCACCAUCUACCCUCGCCAACUGAGAAUGCGGAUCCGCAAGCGCUGACGUCCGCCGAGUCGGUCCAGACGGUUGUCCCGGGCAGCAGUACAAGACGGCCAGGCGAGCCCUUGGCGCCAGGCGACGACAAGCAAGAGUUGGAGCGACAGCGGCUCAUGAUGGAGGCGAGUGCGCCAGAUGAGACGGUUCCUCUGCCCAGUCGCCCUACUGAUGGACCGAGCGCGCCCGUCUUCCACGACGAAGGAGAUCACCAGCUGGUUGGUGGAAACGCACAUGGAGACGAGUCAUUACCGCGCUAUCAACGAUAACAAUAUAUGAAGGGAUACUGAUACGCCUUGUUUUUCCUUAUGAGAUUCAUUUGCAUUUACGGUUGGGUUAACCGGGAGAUACCACCAUGUUGGCAUGAUUUUGAAGUAUAUUUUAUACUACACUAUAUUUAUUGUUGUCUGAGAACGGCGCUUCCUCAGCGGAAGUAGAUAUCGGCGUUUGGAUUGUUGGCAUAGCAGACAGGUUAUCUGCUCUCAAGUGGAUACAUCGUAUAUCUUACCUUUUUCACUGUCUCUAUCCCAUGGAGGUAAUUUCUUCCCACAGAGGCGUUCCACUACCUGCUUC